UUUUUUAACUUAAUUGAAACGAACAUCUGUCUGGUAGGUGGUGUGCGUGGCGGUUGGGAUAACCUGCUGGCUAUAAUCCCCGGUGGCUCUUCAACACCCCUCAUUCCCAAGAGCGUGUGUGAAGAGGUGCUGAUGGACUUUGACGGCCUCAUCCAGGCUCAGACUGGCCUGGGAACAGCCGCAGUUAUUGUCAUGGACAAAUCUACUGACAUCAUCCGAGCCAUCGCCCGCCUGAUUGAAUUCUAUAAACACGAGAGCUGUGGUCAGUGCACGCCCUGCAGAGAGGGAGUGGACUGGAUGAAUAAUAUGAUGUGGCGCUUCGUGAAAGGUGAUGCACGGGCAGCAGAGAUCGAUAUGAUUUGGGAGCUCAGUAAGCAGAUUGAGGGCCACACUAUCUGUGCUCUGGGAGACGGUGCAGCAUGGCCAGUGCAGGGAUUGAUCAGGCACUUCAGGCCUGUGAUGGAAAACCGAAUUUCUGAAUACCAACAACAGAAGCAGGCCAGGGCUUAAAUGGCUCCUACACAUCCUUGAUUUCGUUCUUCUGCCUCACACGCCCCUUAACCCUGUGCUUGUGUCAUCUACAAAUUAUUUAAAGUGAUAAAAAAAUGCCGUCUUUAUCACCUCAUCAUCAAGUUUUACCUUGAUGCGUCUGCCUUGUCUGAAACUACCAAUAAAUUCUAUGAAUCUUAAA